UAGGAUCAAUAAAGAUAUCCGAAGGACAGUGAAAGUAUAUUUGGGGUAAGUUCGAAGGCUAGAGAGAUCACUUUUGAUCGAAGGAAGAUAAAAAAGAAAAGGAAAAUCAUAUAGUGGUCAAGUCGUUCAAGGUAGAUACUAUUCAGUUAGCAUGACCAAACCUCCUUUUAUAAUAACAUCCUUUUUCUUACAACGAUGGUUUCCUUCAUCGGUCCGCAUUCUGAAUCGUUCAGGUAACGUGAAAGUGAGCGACAGCGGUGCUCAUUGUCGAAAAAAGAGGGAAUCUUUUCUUUCAUAAAAAUAUAUUAUGACGAAUGGUACUCGAUGAUUGAUAUCUAUGAUACAACAAUAAUUUCAAUAACGUAUAGAGUACGACACAAUUGUAUAGCUACGAGUGCGAUAACGGAUGAAGAUUAAUAAGUUCUUAUUAGAUAAUUAUAAGAAAGUAAACAAGUAUUUCAGGAAGCAUCGAUCGAGUUAAGAUAAAUAGUUUAAAAAUUGAACACGAACAAACUCAUCAAGGAUUCUAUUUUAUUAUAUGUUUUCUACUUCUAUUUCUUAUUGUAAAAUGUGUGAAAGAUUGAAAAAAAUGAGAUAAGUUAACAUUUCAGUCUAUAUAUUUUUCAACGUUAGUUUUCAAGGUCUGAUAAGAAGAUAUAUUUUAAAUGUUGUACCGAGAAAUAAUUAAACGCGUGAUUGUUUGUAUAUCUACAAAAUAAUAGGCUGUUAAGUUGAAAUGGAAACGAGUUAUUCUGUGAAAGGUAUUUAAGAAAAGAAAAAAAAAUAUUUUGGAAUUUGGAGGAUUUGAGAUUCGCUGGUUGUCGGUCCAACAGGAGGCUCGACUUUGGAGAACACCUUGGUGGGGUCUGUUGACGCGCUGGUUGGAAAGAAGGCAUGCACGAAAGCACGAAGUCGUGAAGGCGAGCGUUCAGUCGUUAAUGCGCCUCCGACGGAGUAACUCAGUGAAAAUUUAUCUUCCAUUAUUUUCACACGCUUUCGCGAGUUUAUUACUUUAUGUAUCGUACAUAUAUUUAAUAUAUAGUGUAUUUUGUGUUUUUAUCAGUGUAUGUUUAUAUUCAUCAGAGGAAAUGAUGAUCAAAUAGAAUAUAUAUGUGUGUGUGUGCAUAUAUAUAUAUAUAUAAAACAUAAAAGAAAAAUCGUAGAAAAGUUCCGAGUGAGUUUUCGCUCGAUCUUCGCACUUGGAUAACGACAACGAGUGAGAGAAGAAAACGAAUCGAGGAAUUAAAAAAAAAAAAAAAACUUGCCGGCACAAGAAAUUCACGUGAAUAUAAAAUACUUAGCAAUUGUUGUCUUGUCUUUCGGAUUAGAAAACACAAUCGACGCUAAACAUUCAAACAAAAGAUCACCUUCUUUCUCUCGAAAGGACAACAAAAAUAAAUAUACAAAUCGAUGAUCAAAAGAAUGCCUGAGAACGCAGGUGUAGAAGAACGAUGAGAAAUAAAUGAAGGUGGAACACAGGUGCAAUAGCAGGUAGUUGUUUUACUUGUUUCUAUUCGCUCACAGCGUGCUCAGCCGAGCUUGCAGAAGCAACGGAAGUGGGAAAAGGGAGAAGGGACAUCCAGGAUGUCCGAAGAGUUGCGCACGCAACGUUUAGGGACGCUGUCACACGGAGAGUAUACUAUGCAAGCCGAAGAGGAAAUUCAGUAUGCUCCAAGGAGCCGACCUGUUAGCUUUUAUGAUAAUUUUAAGGACGUACCAGUUAUGCCAACAUGUGUGACCUCCGCGAUGAGUGUUGGUAAUUUGAGUCAGGUUCGAGAAAACGAUACUACUUCAUCGAACAUACCACAAAGUAGUAACAACAAUAAUAAUAAUAAUAAUAGGGUGAGCAGUGCGAUGAGUGCUGGUAACGUUUCCAAGAUUCAGAUUGUUAGAGUUACGGGUGCUCUUUCGAUGGGUAAUAUUGGUAAAACAUGUCGAACGGAUAAAACUGAUAAAGAACUUGGGCGAGCUCCUUCGAUGGCCAAUUGUUUGUCAACCACAGUUCCCGUUAAUCUAGCUGCUUCGCAAAUAGCAGGUCGACACACACCCACCAGAAAUUCCCUCAGGCACAGCAGAAUGAUCGUACUGAAUCGAACUGGGCAGAGAGCACAAAAAUUCUUACCACCAUUGGUUUAUCAUCGACAAUUGGCUAGAUGUUUGGCAGCAUUACAGACUAUUCUUGGAAUUGCAAUUACUUCACUGUCGUUAUGGUUGUUACUGUGGGCUCCAAAUUUACCUAUAACUGACAAUCCGUAUUGGAGUGGAAUGCCUUUGUUACUUUCUGGAAGUUUCGGGGUGUGUUUGCUUUGUUGUUUCAAGAAAGAGUACCCAGGUAUGAGUCCUGGUUUCUGUUUAACAUUGACGAAGGCAAUCAGUACUUUACUUGCAAUUUCGGCAUCUGUGGCGUGUGUCCUGGCAUGCAUCUCAGCAACCAUGCAUCUGGCACAUCUUAUGAGGCUAGAAUGUACACCGGCACGUGUUCUCAAUGCCACGUGUGUUUGUAGACCACGAGAACAAGCAAAUGUUACGGUUAGCGAAGCAUCGGUCAAGUACAUGGAUUUGAAUUGUCCCGAAGUUGAAAGUAUUUUAACAAUACUUCUCAUCUUUUCUUCAACGUGUAACGCUUUUGGUGCCAUCGUAGCUGGAUGGUAUAGUUAUCUUCAUUGGAGUACUCGACGAAAAAGACCGAAAUAUGUACCUGUUAGAACGACGACAUUCGAUUCGAGCAGGUGAUAUCCGAUUAAAUUUCAAACAGUUUCUCACCAAAGUAUUCGACGAAAAAUUGUGACGUAGAGAGAAAGGGAUCAAUCUACGUACUUUUUAAUCGAGAAGAACUAAGAGUGAUCAAAUCAAAUAUUCAAUGCAAACGAUUCAGAAGAGUACAAUGGCUAUUAAAACAUUUCUCGAAUCGUUAUCGUUAUCGUCAUCGACACACGACGCACGUGUGUACAUAAAAUACAGUAUUUAUUUAGAAAUCUCUAAUACGUUCCAUAGUAUGUAUGGAAUAUCUUAAGUGCGCGGGUGUACGUGAAUACAAAUUUAUUCGUGCUCGUAUUCUCGAUCGAAAGGAAGUUUCAUCGAUUAAUUACAUUUAUUGACGCGCACGUAUUUAUCACAUCGAAAAAACAAAACGAAAGACUCCGACUCUAUACCUCAGCGUAUUAGAUUUUAAUGCAUACUUCGACACUUGCAAACGCAUAAGCUAACAUAUUUUACGCAUAUAUUUUAUAUAGUUGAAGAAAAUUACGCGGAUUAUGGGACGAAAUAAGUUAUUGUCAGUAUUAAUAUUAUUUUAAUCAAAAUUGUGCCCGUGUUAAUUCAAUUUAAGAUCGAUCAUCUCGAUAACUUUACAAUAAUAGAUUACAUUCCCUCUCAGUGAUCAGUCGGUAUCACUUUUUUCAUUUACUGAAUGAAAAUUAUUCUUUGUUGUUUUAUCUUCGGCCUCGUUUAUUCGAAUCUCUGGUAUAAGUGCAUCCUUGCUCGACGGUGAUACUAAAGAAUUGCUGAAGAUAUUCGUUCUAUGUUUUAAAAUGAAAUAUACAAUAUAGAAAAAUAUGAACGAAAUUUGUUAUCAUACCUGCCAAAAUCUCGAACUUCAUGCAUUUUUCGACGUAAAUUAGAAUCAUGUGGUAAAGAUUCCGGCUCAACAUCAGUAAUCCCAACUUCUUCAAAAGUUAUCGAAUAUUUCCUUUCAUGCGUUACCACAUCGUUUAGUUUUUCAAUCGCUAUCGCCGUAUAAGAAUCACCUAAGUAUAAAAAAGAACUUAUGAAUUAUCCAUUUCUAACAGUUUACAUAUUCUUUUGUUUAGAUCCACGAUUAUUAAUCUGAAUAACGUUAAACCUCGAUGUGAUUAAAAAACCAUUAGACUUUUUACAUUUGUUUGAAUUAUUUGACGGCAAAACUGCUUUUUUCCAUCUAGCGAACGACGUAUCAAUAGCUUCUUGUCUUUUCUCCGCGAUCUUGAAUAAUUUACGUCGUUUUUCCGUACGUUCUUGACGCAAUUGUAUCUAAAAAAUAUGUCAGUAGAUAAUAGUAGAUCAUAUAUAUUAUCAUUAAUAAUUUGACAUCUUUUAAUUGCUAUUUUAACACCGAGUUAUAACCUUUAAAUCGUUAUUGGCUUCUCUGAGAGAUCCCGUUAGUGAAGCCAUGUAGUAAAUAAUUAACGUCAUUAGAACGAUUAGAGGUAUUACCAUACUAGCUGAUGAUAUAUAAUCGAGACAUCUGAAUAAUAAGUAUAUAAGCUUUAAUGUCAUUUAAAAUGUCUUAUAUAUUUAAAUUUGUAAAUGUAGAACGAACUCACGGCUUGAUUACUUC